AUUUGGGAACGCCCCCCCCUGCCUUCAUUUCUACUCAAAAGCAGCGGUGGGAGCAGCCGAGGAGCAAAUAAGAGAAGGGGAGACACAAUUGGCUGACAUCGGAAACCCACGUCAGGCAGUGGAACGGCUGUCAUAGUCGCACAGAGUCCACUACGUGUGUGUGUUUGCGCUCCUGGACCGCUGACGAGACAGAUUGAGCCCUCGGCAGCGAUGGCCUCCGCGGCUCCAUUCAGCCGCAGACCGUGGGCGUCCCAGUCCCUGAGGGUCACCGCCAAGGAGAUGUCCAUCGUCUCCACCCGGGGGAAAAACAACGCCAUUGCGGAGCGCUUCUCGAAGUUCCAGAAGGCGGCAGAGGAGGGAAAUGCAGAGAAGAAAGCGGUUGCAGAACCUCUUCCCUCCACGCUGCGCAGCGGGAAUCUGAGUUUUUUAAAGAAACGCUGGGAACAACAACAACAACAACAACAACAACAACAACAACAGCAGCAGCUGUCCAGCCACAGACCCCAAACUCAAGCCUUCAUCCCGGCCGACCCUCAGAACCACACCUCCCAAACCACCUCGGUCACAGCAGACCAGGAGACUGAGCCGGAGACGCUGCUUCACUCGCAGACCAGUGAGACGAGCACCAGCCGGCUGCAUUCUGCUCAACGCCAGCCUCCGACCAACAUGGAGAAGCCCAGCCGAGAAUCGGAGGGGCAGGACGGAGCAACGUCCGCUGACGUGUCCGACUCUGAAAAGCCCAGCGUCCCCCUCAACAGCCUCAAGAUGAUGUUCGAGAAGGGAGACCACCCCACCGAGCGGGAGCAAACGACUAGAGGAACCGGUGGGAGUACUGCCAACAUGGACCAGUCCCAAGCAGAUGGAAGUCUCGCAGAAUCUACUCCUCUCCGGGACAGGAUGGCCCUCUACAAAGCUGCCAUCUCCAAACAGGAAGUCCCUCCCACCUCAAGUGAUCAGCUGGACGGUUUCUGUGGGAAGCAGAAGGAAAACGUUCCUCCGUUCACUCUGGAUCUGAGUACGGACUUUGAACCUAACAGCAGGAAAGGUUUUACCCCAGAGAGCAACGGCUCCGCCACCGGUACUCCCGUAUCCUCCAAUCAGAGAGACUCCUCCCAGCCCAAGACCCCCAAAAGCUUCUGUCUGCCUGUGAGGGAGACCUGCGUGGCCUGUCUGAAGACGGUCUAUCCUCUGGAGAGGCUGGUGGCCAAUCAGCACGUCUACCACAGCUCCUGUUUCCGCUGCUCCCACUGCAACACCAAACUGAGUCUGGCGAACUACGCCUCGCUGCACAACAACGUCUACUGCAAGGCGCACUUCUGCCAGCUCUUCAAGGCCAAAGGCAACUACGACGAGGGCUUCGGCCACCGCCCCCACAAAGAGCUGUGGGAGGGCAAAGGGGACGGCGGCGAGGACGUGCACGCCAAGCCAACGAUUCACAGCUCGCCGUCAGCCCCCGACCUGCACAGCCCCAGUGUGGAGGACUCCCCCCUGGCCAAAGUCAACGUGCUGAUGGCCACCAUGGAGGCUCUGGGACACGGAGCGCCAGAGAAGACCGACAAGCCCAGCGAGGCGCGCAGGCUGAAGAUCUCCUGGCCGCCACGGACGGAGCUGCAGGACCCGACCAGCGCGAGUGGCGCCGCGGCGCCCCCGGAGGACGGGUCCCCCGGCAAGCCCAUCAAAGCCAAGUGGCCCCCGGAGGAGGAGUCCACCUCCUCCCCGCCGGAACAGUCCAGAGAGACGCCGUGCCUGCGCCGCACCUCCUCCCUGAAGGAGCGCAGCAUGCCCUUCACGCUGGCGGGCCAAGCGGCCGCCGGCAAGCCGAGCCCAACAACGGCGCCGCCCACCGCGGACGACGGGCCGCUCGGCUCCCCCUCCAGCAUGGAGCUGCAGCACGGCGGCCAUUCCCUGGGAAGCCAGACGCCCACUGAGGACAGCGUGGGCGUCCAUGCCAGCUCUGGAGAGGAGGAGGGUGAGAUGACCACUGACAACAUGCCAGAACAUCAUCUCACUAACGUGGAGGAAAACUCCCUGGAUGAACAACCUGAUGAUGAGAGAAUGGAGGAGGAGGAGGAGGAGGAAGAAGAAGAAGACGAUGCAGUCUUGGAGGAAGAGAUGCUGCCCCUGAAACGGGAAGAGACGCCGACUGACCUCUCGUCUCCUGGAUGCGAGGUGGAGGCCGGCCGCUCGUCUCAGGAUGUGGGGUUCUGGGACAGCGAGGAAGUGGCGGAGCAGCAGCAGGAGGUGCUGACGGUGGAGGAUAUGAUCAAACGAAACCGAUACUACGAAGAGGAGGAAGAGGAUGUCUAGACUCAACAAGAUGACAACCAUGGACACUAGGAGGACUUCUCACCAUUCCUUUUUUUUAGAUGUUUUCUUCUCUUCUCUGUAGUAGUUUUCUUCUCUUGGUAGAGUUGCUGCAGUGUCUAGUGUGAACUCUACUGAACUCUUCAUUUGUGCCUCUUUUGAACACUUGCUGAAAUAGUUUUUACGGGACUGUCUCUCUGAAAAAAAUUUUAAUGCACAAUUUAAAAUGAUAACCCAUGUAAAGAAUAUCUAUAGCACAGAAAUGUCUGAAUGUUAUGCCGGGGAUUAUUUUUGUGAUUUUCUUGUAUGCUUCCUGCCUAUAAAUUGAAACCACAUUUUCCUAGUCUUAUUCAGAAGAUGUUGGGAUAUUCAGAAAAUGUAAUUCUUAAAUUAGUCCUUUUUAAAAAUAUUAAAGAUGUACUAUGAACUACCUUUUUUAGAAAAGAAAGCUCAGCACUUUGAGCAUUACCAUAUUUUCAAAACUUGGGCUUGAUUAGUUUGAGUAUAAAUCUAAUCUAUUUCAGUUGCCAUUCUAUUUGUAAACAUUAAAAAAAAAACUUGUUUUUCUGAUUACAACUGGAUUUAAUGACUAUUGUGGGCUUUUUGUUUUAAACCAUGGACCAAAUAUCCUAGAUUAAUACUGUUGAAAUAAAUUGUUAUAAAAAAAAAAA